GGUGGGUCUUUUUAGAUUGCAGACAAAAUAGCGCCUGCAACCUCGGCGCCCUUGGUCAGCAAUUUUGCAGAUUUCCCAGUAGGUUAUGAAACAAGCGAGCGCGCUGCUUUUCCCUUUUGUUUUCUUCCGUGUGUGGCUUUUUUUUUUUAAUAACAAGCUUGCGCGUGCGCCGUUUUUAUCGCCACUCAACUGUCUGUCUGCCAGGUUACCUAACAGGCUCCUGAGGGCCCAACAAAAUGAGGCAUCUCGCGGCGAUGCUGAGGUAACACAACAGGAUGUCCGAUGAAGAGGAGCAGCAGGAGCAGCCGAAUGGGUCCAGAGGCCUGCCAGAAAUCUGCUACAUCACUGAUGAGGAGGCAGAGGACGACGGCGGUGAUGAUGAUGAUGAAGACGACGAGAUACCGGAUCAGUCCCACUGUGCCUCCUUCAACUCAGAGAAUGAGGCUCAGGGAGGCGACACGGCAGCAUGGCAUCGUACCCCUCCACCAUCUACCUCACUUUCCGGGGGGACGCCAGCAAACCCCGCGCCCUCAAAACCCGCUUCGAGACCCCACUCUGGGGUCUCCGGCCAAAGGACCACCUCGCCCUCCACCCUGACACAAAACAGAAAGAGAAGCUCCAAGCCCUCGCACAUGAGACGUAACAUUCGGAAGUUACUGAGGGAGCAUCAGCUGGAAGCCGUCACCAAAAGUGCUCAGCAGGAGGAGCUACAGAGAAGGCGACGUCUGGAUGACCAGAGAAAGCAAGAUUUCCCCAUACCACUGCUGCCUGAAUAUCAAACCGGUGAUGUAACAAAGCAUGCGUCAUCAUCAUCAUCAUCGUCGUCAUCGUCAUCAGUGUCGCAGCAGGAGAUUAGACAGGACGUCAUCCGCCUGCAGUCCAACAGCAUCGGCACAUGCCAGGAUGUCAAGACCAACAUAUGUGCCUCCACCACUGAGUUCACACACAAAGCAGGUGCGAUUAAUCUGAGCCAGAGUGAGGACGACACUAUCAGCAGAGACUCCGCCCACCAUGAUAUAGAGCGUGAGGAAAGUGGCAUGCACUUCAACGACGACUUCAAUCGUCCGGAUGAUCAAGGACGGGUGCUGGUCAACUUGAACCAUCCCACAACAGACGCGGACAUUUUCCUCUCACCUCAGCUGGCACGAGCAGUCAAACCUCACCAGAUUGGCGGAAUUCGUUUCCUAUACGACAACCUGGUGGAGUCGGUGGAGCGUUUCGGCAGCAGCAGCGGGUUCGGCUGCAUCCUGGCCCACAGCAUGGGUCUGGGCAAAACGCUCCAGGUCAUCUCCUUCAUUGACGUUCUCUUCAGAUAUACGAAGGCCCACACCGUGCUCGCCAUUGUCCCUGUGAACACAUUGCAGAACUGGCUGGCAGAGUUUAACAUGUGGGUCCCAAAGGCCGGGGACUUGCCACCUGAUUGCGACCAUCGUCUGGUGAGGCCUCGCAACUUCAAGGUUCACAUCCUCAAUGAUGAACACAAAAACACAACAUCCAGGGCCAAGGUGGUAGAGAACUGGGCCCAGGAUGGAGGUGUUCUGCUCAUGGGCUAUGAGAUGUACCGCCUCUUGUCGCUCAAGAAAAACUUUGUGUCUGGGCGGAAGAAGAAGAGCAAGAAAACCGCGGGGCCCGUCGCAAACGACCUGGAUGAGGAGAACCGGCAACAGAAAUUGCUCAUAGGUAUCGAGAGAGCCUUGGCCAGGCCUGGUCCUGAUGUGGUGAUUUGUGAUGAGGGCCAUCGCAUUAAAAACUGCCACGCCAGCACCUCUCAGGCCCUGAAGAACAUCCAAACCAAGCGCCGCGUGGUCUUAACAGGAUAUCCACUCCAGAACAACCUGAUAGAGUACUGGUGCAUGGUUGACUUUGUUCGGCCUAACUUCCUUGGUUCGCGGCAAGAAUUCAGUAACAUGUUUGAGCGUCCCAUUCUGAACGGCCAGUGCGUGGACAGCACACCGCAGGACAUGCUGUUAAUGAAGUACCGGAGCCACGUGCUGCACAGCAUGCUGGAAGGCUUCGUACAGAGACGAGGCCAUGAUGUACUGAAGGAGCAGCUGCCCUCUAAGGAGGAGCAUGUGAUCCUGGUGCGUUUGUCUCCACUCCAGAGGGCGCUCUACACGGAGUUCAUGAACCGCUUCAAAGAGGCGGGAAACACCGGCUGGCUCAGCCUCAACCCGCUCAAAGCCUUCUGCGUAUGCUGCAAGAUUUGGAACCAUCCAGAUGUGCUCUAUGAGGCCUUACAGAAGGAAAACUUGGCCAGUGAUCAGGACUUGGACCUUGACGACAUCACCUCAGCUGCACCUACACGAUGUCCCGCUGCAGCCAAUCAGAAGCCAAAGCCUCUGGAAAACCCCAACCCAAUUGGGGGAAUGAGUCUCACCCAUUUGCAGGAGAGGGCCAAUCAGGUCAUCACAUAUGAAUGGGCCAAGGACAUAAUGUGUGAUUACAAGCCCGGCAUUCUGGAGAACUCUGCAAAAAUGGUUCUGCUGUUCCACCUGAUUGAGGAGAGUGUCACAAAGGGAGAUAAACUUCUUGUUUUCAGUCAGAGUUUGUCGACUCUCACUGUGAUUGAGAAUUUCCUGGCGAAGAGGCCAGUCCCGCUUUCUCCCAACACCUCCAGCAGAGACGCAGGCAGCCAGAACUGGGUCCGAAAUCUCAACUAUUACAGACUGGAUGGAAGUACAACCCCCUCAGAGCGAGAAAGAUUAAUUAACCAAUUCAACGAUCCCAACAACACCUCAGCGUGGGUCUUCCUGUUGUCAACCAGGGCCGGUUGUCUGGGUGUGAACUUGAUCGGAGCAAACCGUGUGGUGGUUUUUGAUGCCUCGUGGAACCCGUGCCAUGACGCCCAGGCCGUUUGCCGUGUCUACCGCUAUGGUCAGAGGAAGCAGUGUUACAUCUACAGGCUGGUGUGUGAUUUCACACUUGAGAAGAAAAUCUAUGACCGGCAGAUUUCCAAACAGGGCAUGUCCGAUCGGGUGGUGGAUGAUCUGAACCCUGUGCUGACCUUCACCAAGAGAGAGAUGGAAUCUCUUCUUCACUUUGCCGAAGAAGAGCCGGAGCCCCGCCAAGUACAGCAGCUGCAUCCUCGGGACAGCAUGGAUUGCGUCCUCGGGAAGGCAUUGUGCCUCUUUCCACACCUCAUCACCAAGCAACCGUUCCCCCACGAGUCUCUGCUCCUGGACCGCAGAGAGCUGAAGUUGAGCACCGCUGAGAAGAAAGCUGCAAAAAAAGGUUACGAGGAAGAGAAGAGGGCAUCUGUGCCAUACACUCGCCCUUCCUAUGCUCACUACUACCCAGCCAGUGACCAGAGCCUCACCAACAUCCCCGCCUUCAGCCAGAGAAACUGGCGACCACCCCACACUGAGGACAAAAUGUCGGCCAAUGUCCGACCGAUCCAGGCCGCUCCAGUUCCCGCCGUACCUGGCCAGGUAUCUGUAGACCCGGCUCCGACUUCCAAAGACUCAUCGGCGUCUAGCCUCGGAGGUUUUCCUGUCAACUGCUUGCAAAAAGCCGGAGUGUUUGUGCAGAAAAUCAUCACCACCACAGAUAUGGUGAUUCCAGGCACCAACAGCUCAACAGAUGUCAAAGCCAGAAUUACUGCAGGAGAGAGCAUUCAUGUCAUUCGAGGCACCAAAGGAACCUACAUCAGGACAUCAGAUGGACGAAUAUUUGCUAUAAGAGCAGCUAACAAACCUAACAUGUCAGAUGAGAAUGCUGCAAUACCACACAAAGAGCCCCAAGACGAGCAGCCAACAACCGGAAGCAACAGUUGUCCAUCACCUGACCAACAGCAGCCAGUCACGCCCAAGAAUUUGCCCCGCUCCCUUUCCCCCGACAGCCCAGAGAUAAUCAGUGAGUUGCAGCGCUACACCGCACGCAAGGGAAGCCAGCCGGAAAGGGAGGACGGGAGCAAAGUGGACAAUCCGCAUUCAGCGAAACUGGCCCAAAGCAACGGUGGCAACGGAAAUGUGCGCCACCCUGAAGCCAAAAGAGCGAAUGUCACCCAGCAAUAUAAGGAUGCCACAGCCGCACAAGACUUGAGAAUAAGCUCCAAGCGCAAAGCCUCCACCCCGUUGUGGGAUGAGAAGCCGAGAAAGCAGCAGGCUGCCGGCAAACACUUCGCACCUUCUUUAGCCUCCCACGGUUUACCCUACGGCGGUGGCUACGGCCUCCCUCAGGCCUUCAAACCCGCCGUGCUGGGUGGCUCACUGGGACACCCGCUCUACAUGGGGGCAGGCUUGCCUUUCUUCCACCCUUCUCAUAGUGCGCUAGGUGACCCGAGUUUCAUGCCGGAGCUAUUUGGUUUAGGCGCAGUCCCCACCUCCUCCUCAUCCUCUGCACUAUCCACUUCUACCGCCGCUGAUGUUUCCUCUUCCUCAUCGCAGCCGUCCUCUACGUCAAACGCUUCCACUUUGGCUCCAGGCACCCUGCCGCCCUUCAUGCUGAGCCCAAGCCUGUCAGGCAUGGCAGGGAUGCUGCCACCAAGCUUUGCCUUCUCUUAUAGUCAAUCUCUGGCAGGCUUGUAUCGGGGGUCAAUGGUCCCUGGCGGGCUUCCCGGUCCAGCGGCCACUCCUGGUCCAGCUGGAGCAAGCUUUCUCUCACAAUACACUUCAACCGCUGGCUCCAGCUCCUCCUCCUCCUCCUCAUCGUCCCCUUCAUCCUUUUCACCAUCUGCGCACUCUGAAGACCAGAAUCCCAGAGCAAUUGUUAAUCGCAGCAAUGUCAGCAGUCCCAGCAGCUUGGAUGACAACGAGGAGGUAAUUUAAGUGAACAGCCAAUGAAAACCAUGAUGCUUGGUUGGAGUUGUUCGGAAUAGGAUCUUUCCAAUGAGGGACAACAAACAUGGCGUCGUAUGAAUGACAUCACGUCUCCUGUUUGUGCCGACUGCAUCGACUCAAAUGGCUUGAUGCUGAAUCUUUCAAGUUAGAACCUGUGGACAAUUUUUUUACAGGACAGAAGAAAAUUUAAAUCGGAAAGUUUUGGGGCGUCUGCCUUUGAAAUGUAACAAUCACUGGACAAAAAUAGCCUGCAGUGACUGAAAUGGCCUCUUGAUGUUUGUCAUGUAGAGAAAACUAAAUGCCACAUUUGCCAGGGGAAAAAAAAAAUCAUUCGGUAUGCUAACCGGUAGCAAGGGUUAUUAUGCCUGUAUCAGUCUGGUUAUUACUGUAUGUCUGUAUCAGUCAGUAGGGGUGGGUCUAAUAGUAUAUUGAUGAAUGUCAUUGAUUAUUUGAAUGAUCAUCAUGUCCUGAACAUGUUGAGGGCGAAUGGAGUGAGCUACUUGACUGCGGCCAGCAGAGGCACUGUUGGUUCAGCCUCAACUAGAUUUUUGGUGUUUAAAGAGGUGGAGCUUGACAUCACAUCCACACAGACCUGCUAUGGUUGAACUCUCAGGAGCAGCGUUAUUCUGCCUAAUAAGUGGCUGCAGGAAAGGAAGAAUUCAGAACGUUUAGAGAGAGAGAAAUACUCUCUUUCUGUUACAAAUGUGCCCAUCCGUACCGUAGUUUGUCACAUCCACUCUUGCUACUGAAUCUUUUUUCACACAUUUUAAAUAGUCCCCCCACGAAUCUGCAGCAAAGUGUUGAUUAGGGGGACAACAAUCCUGUUCUGCUCUUGCCGACAACGAGAGCAAAUGUUGAUUCCAUAGCUUGAAAGGUGAUUUUCCGCGGGAAUUUUUAAAAUGGCCAAAAAUUUAUUUACUCAUGAAGUAAGACUUAUUUUAGGAAAUUAUCUGCAAAACCAUAACACUAUGGAAAGUUGUGGUCAUUAAAAAAACGGUAUUAGUAUAGAUUUAUUGAAUAAUAAUUGAUUUUAUUUUGGUUACUGAUAAAGUGCAUAACAUUUAACCAAACUAUGGGUUGAACAAGUGAUAUUAAAGCAAAGAUUCAAACUAGCCACUUGGCCCAGAUAUUGUAAACAUACUGCUAAUAGUAUUAUCAUAAAUGUAAUUUAACCACAGAGACGGUUUUUUUAUGGUUAUGUUUUCCCCAUACAGUCAUUUAUGACGUGUGACAAUAACUUGACGUCAUAUUUAGUAGACGUUUCCGUUACCUGACAUCAUCCUUACUGGAGGUUUAAGUGAAAUGAAGAGACGGGAAAGCAUUGUCUCAUUUCCCAAUAAUGUUCUACAAUAAUUCCAACACCUCCAGCAUCGCUCAUCUGUCGGUAUAAGAUAAUCGAAUGCAUGCGUGUUACAUCACAGACGCGUUCGGUUAACAUUAGAGGACGCGUUAGAGUUGUAAUGUGAACAUCACCUUAACCCGCAGGGUGAACGUAGCCUGUCUGACCGCGACAUCUAGCGGCUGGGAUGAAAACUACAUUUAAAUGUGACGCAUGAUUCCUCCGUAUUUCCGCGAACAGCUUAAUUUCCGCGGAGAAUUUUGAAAUCCGCAACGAAUUCCGCGACCGCGGAUGCCUGCGGGGACUAUUUAAAGAAAGCAGAAUUCUUUGAAGCAUUUUGAACUCCUUUGCCAGGCGAGGGGCAUUGUGUCUUUUUUCUUGCAAGGAAAUAUAAAGACAGGAUGAUGAGAAAAAAACUGUUAAAAACCUUAUAACUCGUAACAGAAUGUAUGCUUAAUCAAUUGCCUUCUAACUAGGCCUUUAUAAAAGACUCCUCCCACUGAGGCAUGUGACAUGGCAUGACAUUGUUUGUGUAUUUUAUCUUUGCCUAAAAACAGCCAUGAGAAAAUGAGGGAAAACUGUGCUCUCUUUGUAGCGGGAAACAACCACCAACAGAAAAUGCCUUUUACCGCUUCGCUUUCUGAAUGUGAACUGUGAGAGAGGAGAUGCAAAGAGAGUUAAAAUCUCACCCACAGUCUUACUGUAGCCUAGUGACAAAUGAUGCAAAACACUCGAGCCUAUAUACUGUAUUUGUACAUGCCAACAGGAAUCAAGGCGACUACACCUGAGUUUCAGUUUUAGUGUUGUUGUCGGUGUACGUUUGUUGUCAUUUGAAAUGUGUAAGAAAAGGAAAAAAAUGGUUUGUUGAUAUUCCACCUUUUACUCUACUCAGUGUUAAUUGCACCUCAUUCAUUUGACUUGAGGUCUUUAUUGAAAACAUUCUGGGUGAAAGCUUUGCCAAAACAGCACAUCUACAACCUCAGUCAUCGAGGAUUGUGUCUUAAGUGACCAAAAAUAAAAAAAUACUGUUUCCUCAAAUAAUGGCUAACCCCUCUGGCAUUAACUGUAAUUAUUGCUGUUCAUAGAUGUGGUUUCUCACUCUCAUACAGGAUUAACCAUGCUGUGCGUAUAAUGCUAACCAAAAGGAAAGCACUUAAGAAGCACAUGAACUGUCUGCAGUUUUUUCGCAUGUCUAAUAUAUAAGGGUACUGAUAAUGUGUACAAUUAUUCCCAAAAUUAUUUUGUACAAACAAAGAAAAGCAUAUCUGCAGUUCAGUAAACAAACACCCCUGGCUGCUAUUUGUGGAAACACCCUAAAAAAAUAUCCUGAACAGGUCCAUCUUGUCAAUUUGACUGUGCGGUUAGCACAGCACUACACUUUAAAAUUAGAGACACUUAUGAGUAGACAAGGCCAAAAUAAAAAGCUCCAUUUCAUGACCAAGCCCCCUUUUUGAGCUGCAAUCCAGACGCUGAUGCAUUUGACCCCAGUGUAAUCAGAUGUGCUCUGACACCAUGCUUAUGUGGUGACAAUGUCGAAGUGAGAGCUUUCAAAAACGAAAUCAGCUCGUUUGUUAUACAAAACAAACUCUUCACAUCCGUAAGCAGAGAAUUAUUGUGAAAGAAUUGUUUUGUGCUUUAUUCUGAAAUUAUGAGUUUACCUGUUUCAUUUUUUGCUUGGACAAUGUUUGAAUUUACCAAGGUUAUUUAUUACAAUGAAUAUUUAUUCAUUUGUAUACUUUUUAAUAUCUUUUGUAUUUUUAUUUUUUUUGUACGGUCACAUAAGUUUUGUUGUUACUAAAACUGGAAAAAGCAUUUGGUUUCUCCUGGGGGGGAAUGACGCUCUGUUCCAGAUCAUAUUUCAAAUGCAGCAUUUCCAUGUGCGAACCAACCAAUCAGUAAUAACCAGGAGAGUGUGGAGAGAAAGUUUGAAUAAUUAUCUCCUAUGACAGUUAGACAAAUCAUCUCUCAAAUUAUGUUAUUUUGCAUAAUUAGUCAUCCAUCUGAUCUUGCGUUGACUGGCAUUUAAGGUGAAACCUUGUCUAUAUUUGACGACAGAUGCUUUCAUGAAAGGUCUGAAGUAAAUGUCUUCUCACAAUUGGAUAUCACAAUAAUAGGAGACAUUUAAUUGCAUCACACAUAAGCACAACCCACAGUUCGUUGUUUAGAAAGAAUCCUUGUGAUGUCUAUUUUUGUUUUGUAUCAGAAAUGAUUGAUGGCAAAAGGUUUGGAUGUCAGUUGCUGUACCAACUGACUUUUAUUUUACCGUGUUUUCAACUUGAAUGUGCAUAUUUAUUUAAAUGAAUCAAAGAAGUCCAAUGGGCAGAGCUGUCCGCCUGAACUCCAUUCACAGUGAGAAGAUUGAAACUGCUGUUCUGGAGCACUGACGAAAGUCAAACUCUGAUGUGUAGUGAAUCUGUGGAUUGAGUGUAUGACCUUAAAUUACAUUACUCUUGUGUAGGCGAGUUCUUUGUUCAUCUGUUUUCAGAAGUUUGACAAUAAAAGAAUUGUGUUCCAAA